UCGGCUCGCAGCCUGCAUGUGUUGCAUGCUGCUGGCCGCCAUCGAGGAGCUGUACCUGCUGGUGCUGAGAGCGCUGCGCUACUGCCCCGGCGUCAGCCAUGAGCGUGUCGGUGCGCUCCGUCUUGGUGGAAGGCCCUCAGGUGGCAAAAAACAAGGGCCCGUUUACAUAUGCUAACACUCCCAGAGCGCUGUACAAUAAUGCCAAACUCAAGACCAACCCUUCCUGCGGCAGUAUGGGCGGGGGCCAGUACGCCAACGUGAUGCACGAGAAGCGCGUGGUCCGCGGCAGCACCAUCACGUCGCAUCCGCUCGCCGCGGGUGACGGCAUAGAGAGCGCGGCGGCGCGAGCGGCGCGCACGCGGCGGAGGGCGCUGGCGCGGCGCGCGGCAAUAUCAGGACCGUGCACCCCGCCGCCCGCGCCCGGCCGCCGCCACCACCCCAUACAGACCGAGUACUACCUCGAGGAGCUGUUCGAUAAGGGCGUGGAGAUGGAGGUGGGCGUGCAGACGGACUUGUUCGUGGACCGGCCCGCCACGCCGGUGUACGUGCCGGCCAAGACUGGCGCCGACGCCUUCACGCAGAUAUACCCCGGAGACUUGUUCGACUUCGACCUGGAGGUGCAACCGAUCCUAGAGGUACUCGUGGGCAAGACGACGGAGCAGGCGCUGGCAGAGGUGGCGCAGGAAGAGGAGCUGGCCACCCUGCGCGAGCAGCAGCGCCGCUACUGCGAGCUUCGGGACGCCGAGCUGGCCGAGAGACAGCGCCUCGCCGCGCACGACCUGCGCCUGCACCAGGAGAAGGAGCGGCGCGUGGCGGAGGCGCGCGUAGCGCAGCUGGCCGCGACGGAGGCCCGCGAGCGCGCGGCGGCGGCGGUGCUGGUGCAGGGCUACGUGGCCGAGCUGCUGCCUUCCGUGCUGGCGGGGCUGCGUGACCAAGGCUACCUCAUGGAGAGGAUUGAACGCGGUAUCGAUGAGGAGUUCAUGCCGUGGCUUGUGGACGAAGUGUCGAAAGAAAUCGAGUCUAUCAUUACGAGCCGUGACGUCAUCAUAGAGAUCGUCCGCGACGUGGUGGAGGCGCGCGCCGAGCUGUACCGCGCGGCGGGCGAGCGCGCGGCCGAGCAGGUCGAGCCCGCCGAGUCCAUCACGCCGCCCUCGCAGCCCGAGCCCGAGCACGAGGAGGAGCCGGAAGAAUAACUGCCGACGACAAAAUGAGGACAACUACGUGCUCAAGUGUUGUGUGCCUUGACUUGUGAUCGCUGCGCGUAGUCAACUACGGACUUUAAUUUGAUUAGUUUCUAUACUAAAUUGUACGUCUUUACUAAAAUUACACUAGCCAUGAACCUGACAUUGAUGAUCGGCAGAAGUUUGACGGCAACGCGGUGCUCACGGCAGGCAGCGCCUCUGUCCCGCCGACAAUUAGGACGGUUCUCGUAGUUGUAGUGUCAGUAGGUACAGGCGAAGCGAGAUGUGCUGCCCACCCUAUAUCUAGUGUAUCUACUUAAUUAUACACAUUAUUAUUUUUAUUCCGUAUCCGUGCUCAUACAAUGAUGUAGGUUUAGGAUAACCACGGCCACCUCCACGGCAGAAUCACGGCCGGUGCACGGUGAACCAACAUAUUAUGUAGGUACAUAUGUAGCUAAGUGCACUGUACAUUUGGUACAUAACUAAAGUGUAGCUGCAAAAAUGGGCUAGUUAUAAAUAAAUGAAACAACCUUACAUUUCGGAGACGACAUCAAAGGCGCUGCAGCUUUAGGCACAUCGGGAAUAUACAAAAGCCAUUCUAAUGUAGGUCCUACUACUACUAGACAAUGCACAUGAAUAGGAAUCUGGUAUUUGUAUGUAGAUACAUCUACAUAGGAUAAUUACAUCUACAUAGGAUGAUACGCGCAGGUUGCCCGCCCCGUCUGUGCCUACGACUACGUUGUUACGUAUUUAUAAACCUAUUUGUUCUCUUUAGACUUUAGAUAAUAUGAAUAUUAACUGAAGCUAUUUAAUUACUUAAUACUUAUUUUAGUUGUUUUGGAGUAAAAUGAUGCCAUAUUAUUCAUAAGUUUGUUUUAAUCCCAUGGUAGACCUACCUGCCUUGAUACUAUUUUUGAUCUCUGUUAUAAUCUUACAGUGAGAUACGUCCAUUUUUAGCGAGGUCAAAUCUCGUUGAACCUCAAUCUCGCGAGAUUUGCAUUCUCUAGAUUGACAUAAGGUUGCAAGCAUGGUUUCCGGACAAAGGCUCUCGGAUUUGAUUCCUAGAUUGAUCAAAGUAGGUAGUUAUGUCCUACUAUUAAAACGUGGCAUUUUUCAUCUACGUGUCUUAAUAUUCGGUCCAAAAAACUUCAGAUAUUAUUUUUUGGGCAUAUUUUCCCUUCCAGCGGGCUUCAUUCUACCGG